GGCAGGUGUGAGCCGCCAGGAUGAUGUGGUCAGUGUGGGUGAUGUGGGUGGCCAUAACGUCCACCCUCGCCUACAGUGACAAGGACCCUUCUGAAGUAACUAUAGAUAGCCUCACCCUGGACGAGCUAAACAAUGAGUUGAAAUCUCGCCUGGAAUCGCUGCAGAACUACAUAGAGCGUAGAUACGAAGAACGCUCUAGACAACACGAAGCAAAUAUCCAAAAGAUGUUGAGCAGAACUCGGCGCGACGCCACGGGGUCAGCUGGAUACUACCAUCAUUACGUUCCUUCCGUCCAAUACAAGGUUCCUGUUCAACCCACGAUUCCUGUCCAGACCACGGUUCCUGUUCAACCCACGAUUCCUGUCCAGACCACGGUUCCUGUUCAACCCACGAUUCCUACUUUGCCCACCCUGGCGCCUGGCUAUUGGCACUCUUACACCUACAACUCCAUAGUGGAGAGGGAAAUGGUAAAAAUUGACUCGAUAGCAGUAAGUAGCGGCCUAGGAUCAGUCUCCAUCACUCACGCCUUUCCACUCCGCUUGACUAACUUGCCAGCCAUCUGUCGGAGUGAUGUUGGUUGGGGCGUGUUACCCCGGGGAGGAAAAAUGGUGGCGGUGAGGGUUCGUAAUUCCUGGACCCAGUCAGUGUCGGGGUGCCGGUGUGACGUAGAUAACUCUAUGAACUGUGCGUGCUGCUCCCCUGGCGGGUGUCUGUGUAAGCGGUCUGAAGGCCAUCCAGGAGACACCUGUGUAAAAUGUGGCAAAGAAACCUCUCACGUAACCUGUCAAGCAGGAAGUAAUCAUCCCCUAGAGCUGGACGCAGCAGUUGGGCUAGAGUACCACCUGGACAGCAUACCGGACUCUAAAACGCUACAGCAAGUCCUAGUUACCGCCAAGGACAAGACUGUCUCUUUCUUAAAGAUCGACGCAGAGGGAGCCCAGUCCAUAAGUUUCAUCACAGGAAACAAAAAUGUGACUCAUCUGGGGUAUGGCGAGGUUCUGGUGAACUUCUUCGGUACAUUAAAGCAGCUAAGGUUUCUCGUAAUCUUCAGCGCUGGACAGCUAAACCAAGAGUAUCGGGAGAUCACAGUCAGCACUACAGAAAAUGUUACCAUAUCUAUCGGACUGGGACAGUCGUGGGUGGCUUCAGGGACUGAAAUGAAAACUUGGCAAGCUGGGAGGCGGGUGCUGGUAGGCGUUCUGCAAGACAGGCAGCUGCUACUACACGAAAUGAAGGAGAACUCUUGGAGAGAGUUUCAAAUGAAGGUAGUGCAGAAGGUGACGUUUUCAGACACAAUCGCAUCCUGGACCACCUUCAGCUCCGGCCUGGAACAUCAGCUAUUGGUAGUGACUGCCUCUAUGGCAAAGCUCUUCGUGCUGAGAGGCGCGCACUAUCAGGCGAGGGGAGAGAUCUUCCCGUCUCAUGGACUUUCCACCUUCAAUUCAUUUUUGCCUGUGAACAUACCGUCGUGUCGGGACGAGGUGGUACUCUUGACUGGACAAGACGCCCUCUUGGUGGCCUAUGUAUGGAAUGGGACGGCUCGGGCUAUGCAGGUGGGGUACACGACCACCCUGGACAUGAGCGUCGUCAGCUGGGAGCGCGGCUACGAGAGUGCUAGAGGCCAGCCCGUGCAGGUGGUGGUGCAGGGCCGGAGCGGCGUCACGACCCUGGACGUAAAGACUGCACUAGUUCCUCUACUCGACCCUGUAAUAAUGGAAAACAAAAUCGUCCACGACACCAUGAAUAACCUACAGAUGAAACACAACCAACAGACUUCUGUGGUGGAAGCAGCAGCGAGGAGCCUGGCUAAUAGUGUAGAUUGUGGCAGUGCUGGUACAAGCUCUGGCUCCAUUGUUAUAGAUGGCUCUGUUACGCUCCACAGUGGCAUGGAUGUCCUGGGGGUGUUCAACACUACGCACCUGGAGGCCCAGAGUAUGGGUCUGAGGGGCACAGAGAUGGAUGGUGCUAGUUACAGCACCUAUAAAGACCACUUGGUAUCUCUGGGUCACUACAAUGGAGUGCUGGGACAGAUCUCUUCAGAGAUGAUAAUGAUCGGCUCUACUCUAGAUGACGCUGUUCCAGCUUCUGGGUCGUCACGGGUAGUGGGUGGCUAUAAGACACUGUUGGGCGCAGACCUUCAUCUAGACACCCUAUCGGUCUUUAGCCUCGACGUUGAACAGAUGCUGGAUGGUUCUGGCGGCCGCGUCCCAAUACACAGCGUGUUUGGAAACAUUGUCAAGCGGAACGAGUCUGUGAAGGUCGCUGGACGGAAAACCUUCACAAAUGGCCUGUACAUAAACACACUGUACACGCCGCAUUUGGAUGACAUUCCCGUGAGCGACCUGGUAACCCUCGACGGCCGCCAGACUAUAGCUGGCGCAACUUUCUCUACCCUGGUGGCUGGCACCAUCGCGGUGAAGGAGGGCAGCACUGUGGCCGGGAUAGAUCUGUCAAAGAAUGUCGUCCUUCUCUCUGGCGAGGCUGUACUAGGGCACUGUACAUUAUCGAAGGGUUUGAUGGUGAAAAAUAAUGUGCAAGUGUUGAGCAACAUGGUGAAUGGAAUGGACCUGAGUAUCUUUAAGAACACUUUAAAGAAGAGCGGCGGGACGCUGGCAGGGUCUCUGGCCUUCCUAAACACAGUCUCCGUAAGCAACCUUAAAGCAACAGAGAUAAUGGGGAUCAACGUAGAUAACUUCAUGUCUACUACAGUGUUCAAAGAUCGCACGGCAACAAUGACUGGAAACUUGAUAGUUCCUUCAACACUAACUGUAAACAAAGAUCUGACUGUGACUGGCCACAUCAACGGAGACGGUUUCCCAUCUCGCUUUCCCCUUCGGACAGAUUCCACUCUACGCUUUGGUGCAAAGAGGUUCUCUAGUCUGCAAUUUGGUUCGGUAACAGUGAGUGGAGGAGCAACCGUGGAUGGUUUAAAUGUAUCUCGGCUCGUAACACUAGACACGGUGCAGCAAAUCUCUGGCAGGAAGAUAUUUGCUCAAGGCGUUGAUAUAAAAGGCAAUUUGGACAUCACUUCGGCCAUAAUUGGGGGCGUUAAUUUGAAUACCCUAACUAAAGGGCCGUCUCUCUCUCAUUUAACGGACUGGAGGUUCGACGUAGAAUUCAUGAAACCCGUGUAUGCCUCGUCGGUGCAGUGUGCUGGGAAGGUGAACGACCUGAACUUCGCGGAGCUUGCUGCGGACGUCGUAUAUACUGACGGAACCUCCCUAGAGAUUUCUGGAAGCACUCGCUUUGCGCUUUCUCUGAAUCUCUCAAAUGCAGUUUUCAAAAGUACGUUUAAUGGCGAAAUGUUUGAAAACUUGGUGACUACGGCCAGGGAUUUCAAUAUUACUGGUAAUUUAAUAUUUAAAACUGACGUUCAAUUUGAUUCGCUAAGAGUGACCGGCGCUAUAGGUGGUGUGGACGUGGCCGGGCUGGCAGCCUCUGCUCUCUAUCUUAACAAGUCCGACCAGGUGGUGCGAGGCAAGUUGGUGUUCAGAAACCCAGUCUCUGCCGCAAGUUUGGAUGUAUCGGGAAAAAUAAAUAACGUAAACUUCCUCAAUGCUGUAACGAGGAGCGGAGUGCAGAACUUCAGCGCGCCUCAGACCCUAAAGUCUGCAACAUUUGGCGCCGUGAAGGCACACGCCAUAGACAUGUCUGAGGGGGCCACAGUGAAUACGGUAGACAUCUCUGAGCUGGCGAAAAGAAGAGUGAAGCUGAAUUCUGCCGACAGUUUUAAUGGCACAUUAAACGUAGAGGGAAAAGUGACUAUACUUGGCUCUUUGUCGGCAGUGUACAUAAAUGGCUUUAACAUUCAGCAGUUGAAAGAGAACAUAGUCACAGAUAACGUGUCUUCGACGAUAUCUGGCACGGUGAUCUUUACUAAUCUCAAUGUUGACCAAUCUGUCACCACCAGCAACCUAGCUGGUGCUAAUGGGUUAAAUAUCAGUGACAUUAACGCAAAUGCUGUUCACUUGGCAUCUGAUAAUUUCCUGAGUGGGUGGAUCACCUGGGGUGACCUGGCACUGCUGGACAACGUGACGGUGGGCGGCCUCGUCAACGGUAUCGACCUUAGAGAGUUUGCAGCCGACGCGGUGUACAAAGACACUACCGCUCUCCAGAUCAUAACAGGAAAGAAAACCUUCCAGAGCGGGAUCACUGUGAAGGGAGACGUACACACGCUCACUACAAACAGAAUCGACCUGGCUACCAGCCUCUUCACCCUCCACACCGAUCAGGUCCUCACUGCAGCCUACUACUUUAACAACAUACGCGCUCAGCAGAUGGUUCAUCUUGUGGGACUGGUCUGUAACGUGGACCUAAAGAAGCUUGUCACCAACACACUACGGCGAGGGGAAGACAGUUUAGUUGGCACGGUGAACUUCCACGAUGUAGUAAAUGUAACUGACUUUAAGAUCAGGGGGGCUCUUAACGCUCUCAACGUUCAAGAGUUGCUGCGAGACGCCAUAAGGAAGCUAGACACCACCAACGUCGCUGUCACCGGUACAAAGACCUUCACGGCUGCCGCAGCCUCCACAAUCACCUUCAGGAACAUCAAAGUCGGUUUCCUAAAUAUGGUUAAUUUUGAUGAAUAUUUGGCUCACUUAGUACUAAAGAAUUCCCCCGCACACUUGACCUUGGCGAGCGUGUCCAGCACACUGGCAGCAUCAGCUGUAACAUCAUCCACACUCGUCUUGCAGGGAACAAUUGAUGGCAUAGACUACAGCUCGUUCCUGGCGAGCGCUGUGCACCUGACGGGCGACCAGACCAUAAACUCCUCCCUGGUGUUCACAGAUGUGGUAACUGUGAGCGGUAACUUGAGAACCGAGAGGCUGAACAGUUUGGUGCUGGACACAGACUACCUCACAACCAGCACCAACCAGACUAUACCGGUCAAUGCCUCCUUCAGUAACGUGACUACUGGCAACGUCAUGGUGGCUGGCAAAGUCAACAACUGGAAUCUCCCAGACGCAGUCAGAGGAACCAUGACGAACGGGAGUGGACAGGUAGUGACGGGUCUGGUGACCUUCAGUGGUGCCGUGGAGGUGUCUGGGAACGUUGAGGUGACAGGGUCGACGGGCACCACUGUUAAGGUGAAACUUUCCCAACAAGUGAUCGCUCUAGAUGACACUGCCACCAUUGAAGGUGUGGUAGUCUUCAACGGGCCAUUGACCGUGGCCAGCCUCCAAAGCACUACGGGAAUAAUCAACGGAAUCUACCUUUCUGAUCUGUACCACAACGCCUGGUAUGUGGACCAGGAAACUACUAUAACAGGCAGACUAGUGUUUAGUGCUCGCGUCAUCUUUAUGCAAGGACUGAUAGUUGUUGGACAAAUUGGCCAGAUCAGCGUGGAUGACUUGUACAGAGAGACGACACACAUACUCGCUCAGUACAGCAAUAAAACUGAACAAUUAAAGAAGGAAUAUGGAGAUGUAUGCGAGCCAAUUACUGCUAUAUAUGAGCAACUGCAGAGUACAGUUUAUGAAGGAGACUAUUUCCUUACUGUAGGAGAGCUACAAAUGCCCCACAACACUCGUUCCUCUACCUCCUUCCAGACGUUCAACGUAACCUGCGUGGUGAUGACGUGGGAAGGAAUGUGCGACUCUGUGCUGUACACGUUUGACCCGACCACUGUGGGUCUGGUGCAGAAGAGUGUCAUCCCGGAGACUGGAAAUGCUCACCAGUGGCUCUACCUGGAAGGCACUAACAAGGUGCUACUGGCCAUGGUUGGGUCAGAGGCUGGAAAUAACUGCACCAGGAAAAACAGCCUUGUGUGGAAGCUGGAAGAAGGCUCUAUUCAGGUGCACCAAGAGCUGGUUGCUGGAGAAGGCAUGUCUGCUGUUACCUUGGAUGGUGGUUCAGUGGCCCUCUUCAUCCACACACUGGAGAAUACAGUAGUCUACAGACUUGACCCUACCACGGAAUACUUUACUCAGGUUGACAUUUUGCCUGGCUAUGUGGGCAUCGCAGUUACGGUAAAAGUGGGGGGAAGAAUAAUAAUGUUCUGGGCAAGUGGCAGCUUGGGCAAGCUGAUGGUUGAUGGGGUCUUUGGAGAGGCCUUGGAGUUUCCUUCCCACCUCUUGGACGCGGUUAUGUUUGAGCAAGCGGGGAGCAUCUUCCUCGUCUUGGUUGUCAGAAGAGAAAUGUGCACACAGCAGCAAUAUGACUUGGAGCUAUACGAGGUUAACUUGAGGACGAAAACGGUGACGUGCGUUGACAGACACGACCUUGCUGCCCCAGCUGAUUUAAUAGCUUUUUAUGCUGGCAAUGAAGCCAGUGGUUCAACAAUCGUUAUGGCAAUAAAGCACAAUGUUUUCCCAUUGGCUUACAAAUUAGUAGGACAAAAGCUUCGCAUCUUCAGUGAAGAAUGUCCCGCAAACGUGUUAUGGGCCCAGCAUGUAAGACCACCAGGCCAAAAGUUCCCACAGCUGGCAGACCACUACAUCUUUUUAGGAAGGAACGACAGUACUAUUCUCAUCACAAAGUUAAUCAUGAGGGGUGCUGCACUCCCUACCAGCCACUUGGACUGUGACAACGAUGCCUUUGGUGACCCCCACCUAAUUGCUCGUGCUGCUCCUGGUGGUCCAUGAAGCUCUCAAAUCUCAUACAAUUGAAGCAUAGUUUUAAUGUUUAUAAUGUUAACCUGUAAAUAAAACCUGUUAAAA